AUGUACUUUGAUGAAGCUGUUGCCCUCGCUCUUAGCGAGACAGAUUCGCUUUCUUCAAUCGACGGAGAUGGUGCCCGCAAGGAGGAAGCACUGGUGGAGUUUUCAAAGCAGUAUGAGUCGUACAGCGUCCAAGACCUAAGGCGAGAGGGCUCCGACACAGAAAAAGAGAUUCGCAAGCUUUCAAAGCAGAUCCGGCAGCUCAAGAAGAAGUCGGUGUACCUGGUGAAGCUCCUGGAAGACAAAGUCAUCACAACGACGAUCACGACGGUGUCAGGAGAAAGCCGGGAGCUUUCCGCGCGCCUGGGCGAGACAGUGGCUGAUGUCAAGGCCCGAGCAGAGGAGCUCGGUUUGUUCGAAGCAGCCCCGGGCUGCUAUCUUGUUCCAGAUGGCCUCCGUGGGAGGGGCUUUCGUGUCGUGUCUGGCGUGAAGUUCUGCUACGAAGGGGAAGAGAUGUGCGACGACAAGACCAUGGCCGAUUACAAGCUGGAUGAUGGCUCCGUCUUAACCGUUUUGGUGAACGAGCAGCCGCUGAGUCAAAGGCAUCUCAAGUGCAAAAAUCGCGACUUUCUUGCUGGGAUGCUUGUGACUGCGGGCACGGGCAGUAUCCCCUGGGCAUCUCCGAAAGCAUCGCUGCCAUCAUCCCCCUCAACGUCAAGAACGUCAUCCCUCGAGCGGUAA